AUGCCUGCACCCAAAAAGGCGUAUUCCUCAGUUAAUUUCACUUCUACCUCUUCUGCCGCAAGUUCUUCUAAAACUGCUGAAACUGUCGAGAAGGGAAGUCAGCCAAUUAUUGUGACGGACUCGUUACAGUUAGUUCGACCUCUUAGAGCUGAGCUUAAAUGGAAGAUGAGGACGAAUGCUAUGGAAUUGGAGAAGCGAAUGGAGAUUAGAAAGAGCAUUAUGAAUAACUCCGAUGACAGGAUCAAACCCUUUGAACCUAAAAAGAAAACUUCUGAAGAGUCUUUGGCUACUAGGAACGAAAAUCGAAUCCAGAUGAAUGUUAAGGCUGAGGAAUUGAUUUCAAAAUUGGAGCGGAUUAAAAGGAAGAGAGAACAACUUAACAAUCGAAUCCGGGGCGAUGAAGAAAUUAAUCCUCCAGUCAAAGUUCCAAGAGGCAUCAACUUUUUUGAUAUUGAACGACUUGCGGAUGUAGCUGCGGAACAUAACGUUACUGUAUUAAAUUUGGAUAAAUUUAUUUGCGCAACUGAUAAACGAAAGAUUAUUUAUAAUGAUAGAGGUGUCUGUAUUUUCUGCGAUGUUCACGGUGUUCGACAAAUGAGUGAUAAACAUGUAGAGGAUAAAGAUUGCCGCUUCUUCUUUUGUACAUGCGCAAAUUGUUAUUUGGUCGGUAAAUUGGGAGAAGCUGGACGUUUUCUUGAAAAUAAAUAA